GCCAGUACGCCUCCACGGAGCUUCUCUAACUCCCUGCAGUUUCCAGAUGCAGGCACAGAAACGCAAAGAAACAAGUACUGGUUCAAUGUGAGAGUACAGAUCACGGAUUACAGUUUUCUGCGUGAAACUGGGAGUUGGGCUUCACGUUUUAUCAUGAAAAGGCAACUGAAGUUUUUGCGCCUCAUGCCAGUACACUGAAUUAAUUCCUUUUUUGUACUAGUACUGGUAUUAUCAUUUAUCUUUAUUUCUAAGUUUUGACACACGGACUUAUCAGAAGUUUUCACAUCUUGGAAUAAUGAGUAACUCCUCCUGGAUUAAUUUUUAUUUGGGAAUUUAACAGUGGUUUUAGAAAAGACUUUGUAUGGUAUAUUUUCCAAAAGCUAUGGAAUUUUCUUUGCGAAUUCACCUUUUUACAGCGUUUGUCUCAUGUAUUAAGGUUUAUGCUCAAGUCGUACGACCUGUGAAGCAUCCAGGCCUGCAGGUGUUGGCCACGGCCUCACAUUAUUGGCCUCUGGAUGCUGUGGACGGAAUCCAUGAACUGUGGGACCAGAUUGGAAACAGGCCAGGUUAUGUUAACGGAAGUAACAUAACUCUCAGAAUCCACAACCACACUGUGCUCCCUUCCUCCCAUAACUCUUCCUAUGUGUAUACCAAUGACUCUGCCUACACUAACAUUUCUGCAACAGUAGACAUUGUUGAAGGAAUGGUUAACAAGGGCAUCUUUCUGAGUGGAGAUAAUGGUGGUACCUUUCUCCACUUUGGAAACUACCAGAACUCUUGCAUUAGUGAUCCUACUUUGUGCGGUCCUGAGGGGAUUACCUUCUCUUUUUUUUGGAAAAACCAUGAGGCAGCGUCCCGUUUUGCUGUAGCCUCUGGAGGGAAAGUUAUCUCCAAUGGCUUCUCUGUCUACACCAAUCAAUAUGGAGGAUAUGUGGAGUUCUACACUCGAGGCAACAACCACAGAUGGAAGGUCAACAUCAGAGUUCCAGGGCCUUACUGGACCCACAUUCUCUUCACAUGGACAAAAAAGGAUGGUCUUAAGGUCUACAUCAAUGGGACCUUCACUGCUGGUGACACAGCUGGCAGUGUCUCAGAGAACUAUGGUGACCCCUACCCUGACCUCGUCAUUGGAACUGGCAACGACAGGACAUACAGCCACUAUGUAACAGGCGCUUUUGAUGAGUUUGUGAUCUGGGAAAGGGCCCUCUCACCUAACGAGAUUUUGCUCUACUACAAUGCAGCCAUUGGUCAAGCCAUGGUCUCUGCCACAACUCCCAGAUUCUCCGAAGAAGUCACUUCAGCUACACCCACAGUCAGAGCCACUGAAGUGAGUCCUCCUGUCGUCAGCAGUCAGCGCGAGGAGGUCCAAAUCUCCCAGGACCUGGAAUCCAUGCCAAUGAUGGGCUUCCUGAAGGCGCUGCCCAAUAGGACCAUUCCUCACGACACUGCCAACAACCUCACACAGGCUUUUCUCAAAAGUGUGGAAGAAGUACUGUCCUCUCCAGGGUUGCCAGAGCAGUCCACCCCUGUGGUCAGUGGUCUGAUCGAGACCGUGGACAGAGUGAUGGAACACAUGGUGACUAACAUGGAGUCCAGCCCGAACUCUCCAAUCUCCCUGGGUGGAACAUCUUUUGUUGCAGAUUACUCUAUGAUGAAACUCCCACAGAACUACAACCUGCCGCAUUAUCGCUUCCCUAUGCAGGGCAAAAACUACAUCUCUGUGCCUGGGGAGGCUUUCACCAUGCAGUCUCAAACCACCAUCGUUGGCCUCUUCUACCACACCAUGCACAACUACUACAAAGAGAUCAGCCCUGUGAAGACCAGGAUUAACGAAGCAUCUGAUUUCAAGGAUCACAAGAUCCAGGUAGCAAGCUGUCUAAUCUCUCUGAAAGUGGAGCCUUCACCAGCCUUGUCAGUCAACCUCUCUGGAACACCACUCAUCAAGAUUGUCCUCACCCACAUCCUGACUAAAGAACAGCAAGACCAACUACUAAAUCAGAGCAAUAAAGUCUUCCUCUAUUGUGCCUUCGUGGACUACAGUUCCAAGGAGGGAGUAUGGUCCAACGAAGGUUGUGUCCGCUCAGAUGGAAACAUGACAUACUCUGUGUGUCUGUGCAACCACCUCACCAACUUUGCCAUCCUUAUGCAAGUGGUGCCCUUAAAGCUCACUACUGGCCACCGGGUGGCACUAUCAACCAUUGGUUAUGUUGGCUGCUCAAUUUCCAUCUUCUGUCUUGCGAUCACUCUUGUCACCUUUGCAGUCCUGUCGUCAGUGAGUACCAUCCGUAACCAACGUUACCACAUCCAUGCCAACCUGUCCUUUGCCAUCCUGGUGGCUGAGAUCUUACUGCUCAUCAGCGCUCGCUUUGACCCGGGCACGCUGCCUUGUAAGGUAAUGGCUGUCCUGCUACACUUCUUCUUUCUGAGUGCUUUUGCCUGGAUGCUGGUGGAGGGCCUCCACCUCUACAGUAUGGUGGUCAAGGUGUUCGGCUCUGAGGGCAGCAAACACUUCUACUACUAUGGCAUUGGCUGGGGCUCUCCAUUGGUGAUAUGCGUGGUAUCUAUUACGUCAGCUCUGGGCAGUUAUGGCGAGGUUGACAACUGUUGGCUGUCAAUAAAGAAUGGAGCCAUCUGGGCAUUUGUGGCACCGGCUCUGUUUGUCAUUGUGGUGAACAUAGGCAUUCUGAUAUCUGUGACCAGGAUCAUAUCUCGAAUCAGCGGAGAGAAUUACAAGGUUCAUGGAGAUGCCAAUGCAGUCAAGCUGACUGCAAAGGCAGUAGCUGUGCUCCUGCCAAUACUCGGCAUUUCCUGGAUCUUUGGUGUUCUUGCUUUCAACACAAACUCUUUGCCAUUCCUAUAUAUCUUUGCUGUGUUCAACUCAUUACAGGGGUUCUUUGUUUUCUUAUUUCACUGUCUUCUCAACUCUGAGGUCAGGGCUGCUUUCAAACACAAAACCAAGGUGUGGUCUCUCACCAGCAGCUCCAUCCGAAACAUCAAUGUGAAGCCCUUCAACUCUGACAUUAUGAAUGGAAACAAGGAGGGUGUGACUCCCACCAAGAUGAACACAUGGGACAAAAGCACCAACUCAGCCAAUCGCAUCGACCUUUCCGCCGUGUAGAACCACAGAUCACCAUUUCUGUCUGUGGCAGGAGAGCAAUCUGAAGCUCACUAGUGUAGAAAGACAAACACUGGCCAGAGUAUUCUCCCACUAUGUCAUGUAAUAAAUUGGAUACUCAUCCACUAAAGAGAAAGAGAUGCCAAAUGAGGUGUCGUGUAGUUGAAUAACAGCUUCACAUUUAAAGACAAACAGGCUCUACGGACUGUGCCCAAUUAUUUCUCAUAAAAACGUAUUGUGUUCCCAAAACCAAGAGCAUAGGUUUCUUUGGAGAAGGUCAGAAGUGACAGAAAGUCUUAAGAUCCAUGAGUGUAGUUCAGGGCAAUGAGGCCCUGUGUAGUGGAGCGUCUCGAUUUGUCUGUUGCCUGGUCCAUCUGUAUAUUGCAGUUGAUUUACUGGUUGGCCAGAGUUCAUUUAAGGGAAUAGUUCAUUUCAUAAAUUCACUUACUUGUUCUCUUGCUGAGAGUUACAUGUGAAGACUGACACCACUUGUCAUGUCUGUAUGGUAAAUAUGAAGCUACCGCCAACAGCAAGUUCACUUAGCUUAGCACAAAGACUGGGAACAGCUAGUCCGGCACUGUCCGAAGGUAACAAGAUCUACCAGCACCUCUAAAGCUCAGUAAUUAAUGUGUAAUAUCGCCUUUGUUUAUGCUGUACAAAAAGCAAAGUGUAAAAACAACAUAUUGUGGUUUUACAGUUUUGUGCCAGACUAGCUGUUUCCCUGUUUCCAUGAUUUGUGCCAAGCUAAGCUAAUGUAAUCUGAUGAUGGCAGUAGCUUCAUAUUUAGCGUACAGACAUGAGGAGCAGUAGUGAUGUUUUCAUGUAACUCUCGGCAGGAAAGUAAAUAAGCCUGUUUUUCUAAAAUGUCAAUCUAUUCUUUUAAAUCACACUGAUAUGUUUUGACACGCAGUUUGUCUCCCACAGUAAAAUAGUGCAAUUACAUCUGCUUCAAUUUACCUGCAAAAAAUGUAACAUGUUAAUAUUUGAGAUGAUAAGUGUUUUCAGGGUAUGGUUGGGUACAAAUACAUAACUUUGGACAAAAAAAGACCAGGGAAAUAAGUAUAAUGUCCUUAAAUAUAGCAUUUACUGUUUAUUAUUCCUUAAAGACAAUGACAUAAUGGCUUCACCAGCUGUUAACAGUGUUCAUCAACACAAAGGAGAAACUGCUCAUUUUUACCUGGAUGAACUUCUCCAAGAUUCACCUGCUUCAUGCAGCUUUAAUCCAAUUUUGGGGACAGCACAACACAGUAACUGCAUAAUAACAAUGGAUGAAGUAGCAGUGAAUUAGACCCUAUGUAAUUCUGAUAUAAUGUAUUUAUUUAUUUUUUGAUUCUGAGUACUUUCAUCAUGUCUCCUUCAAAGUGUCACAGCUCAACAAUCAGUAUGUUCUAAUGUUAAAUUUUGUGGUCAUGUGUGUGUUUCCUCUCCUGAAAUUAACUGACUGGUAUAUUUGCAGUACCUCACAUCUUAGUAAGCUGCAGUAUGUUAUGCUUUUCGAGGUAUAGUGAAUACUGGUUGUGUUUUGGACACAAUUCUGUGAAGUUUUAUGGGGUCUUUAGCCUUUUCUGUUGCUAAUUUCUUUUACAUUUUCAUUCAUUUUUUUUACAAUAAAAUAUGAAAUAUUUUCUACAACAGAGGGGCUUUAUAAGGGUUGUUGCUCUUUUUUUUUCUUAAGAUACUGUGAGAAUGGAGGGAGAUGGCAUGUUUUAAAAUGUCUCUGAUCUUACACUGUACCAACAUUAAGUUUUCUAAAACAGGAUUUACUGUAAGUCACUCUGCGCUCACUUUUCAUGUCAGAUUUAAAGUUAAAUACUUCAGUAUUUCGAAGCUUGUAUAUGGCCUUCAAUGACUGUUGUCUUAUGGUACUGUGGUUUGUGUUUCCAAUU